CACAGCUGCCGGCCUGCCACUGCACUUCAUCUUCUUGGGUGCGCCGUCUCGUGCCGCCGCGCGCGAGAUGCGGAAGCUGAGCGUGCCCAGGGGCGGCGGGGAGAGGGUGGGCGUGCUGGCCUUCGAGGUGGCCGCGCUCAUGUCGCGGGCGGCCACCCUGUGGCGCGCGCUCGGGGACGCCCAGCUCGCUCACCUACGGGGCGAGGCCAUCCGCCUCGAGGGCCUGCGCAGGCUCGUGGCCGACGACGACGCGGUGCUCCUAGCGCUCGCGCUUGCCGAGGUUGCCGGCGCCUGCCGGGACCUCUCCCGCGCCGUGGCGCGGCUCUCCGAGCGCUGCGCCGACCCGCUGCUCCGCCGGUUCGACGCCCUCUUCGCGGCCCUCGUCAAGGGCGGCGGCGGCGCCGACCCGCACGGGCUGCGGUACGCGGCGGACAAGAAGAUGGACCGGAAGGCGCGCAAGAUGCAGCGCCUGGUCGCGUUCACCGCGCACCUGUGCCACGAGCUCGACGUGCUCGCCGAGCUGGAGCAGGUCCGCGGCCGCCAGGGGAAGCGCACGGCCGCGACCGCCGGAGGAGCAGAGGUCGCGCUCCGCGUGGCGCGGCAGAGGCAGGAGGUCGACCGAUUCCGCGCGGCCUCCCUCUGGAACCGCAGCUUCGACUACGCCGUCCGGCUGCUCGCCAGGUCGCUCUUCACCAUCGUGACAAGAGUCAUAGAGGUGUUCGACUUGGAACCCCUGAACGUCUCCAUCUCUAUCGAUGAUGACUCCAAGGUCUCGCGGCUUUCAUGGAGCAGUUCCUUUGUUGGGAGCAGCAUGCAAUCCAUGGUGUAUCCUUCAGAAGUCGUCGCCGCAGACACUGCUCAGAGGUUGCCGCGCACAAAAUCUGGUAAGCUUGCCAAUGGUGACGCUGUUCGUCGGUUUCUCAUGUCCAGGAGCAAGAGCUUGAGGCAGCUCAAGUGGCCGGCGUCUGGCAAGCACAUCAUCGGCUGCGUGAUCAGUGGCAGCAAGUCUCCGGUCAGGAACAGGUGCCUCCAUGGAGACGGCGACCUUCCACUGAGUUUCAGCUACGUAUCAGCCAGCAACGACGAUUACAGUAGCAUCUGCUUCCAAUCCCAAAUGGAUCAUGCAAAUGCGAAGCCUUCUAUGUCCGUGUUCGAGUCGUCACACGGCGUGCAGAUGAACGCGCCAGAGACGUCCCUCGGCGCCGCCGGCUUGGCGUUGCACUACGCGAAUCUCAUCAUCUUCAUCGAGAAGCUCGCCAUUUCGCCUCACCACAUCUUCUCCGACGAGAGGGACGCGCUGUACGGCAUGCUAACUGACAGGAUCCGGGCGUCUCUCCGAGCGCGCCUCAGGCCGUUCGUCAAGAACACGUCCUGUGAUCCUAUCCUGGCUGCCGAGUGGUCUGACACGGUGCAGGGGAUUCUAGGAUGGCUAGCUCCGCUCGCUCACAACAUGAUACGGUGGCAGGCCGAGAGGAAUUUUGAGCAGCGGAGCGUCGCUUCGAGCGCUAGCGUCCUGCUUGUGCAGACGCUCCAUUUUGCAGAUCAGGAGAAGACUGAAGCCGCGGUAACUGAGCUGCUUGUUGGUCUGAAUUACCUGUGGAGAUCUGGCAAGGAGCUCGAAACAAAGGCCAAAUUGGAGUCAGUGGCUAGCGGAAACUACGAUGCUUGUGCAGAUUACGUUGGGUGACAUGUCAAUACCAUAUCUGAAAAUCCAGGUGGCUGUCAGAUGAAAUUAUGUGAGAUGGGGAUAUUUAAGCAGAGAUAGCAUCUUUGAGACAAAACAAUCACUUGCUAAUUUUUCUCCAUCAGCUUCAUUUUUUUAGAAACAUGCAUCAAUCAACAAGUGCAUCUUGUAAUCGAUGAUGCUGUUUUUGUCAAGUUCUGUAGUUCAGAUCAUUCCUGUAAAUAUCUAUGUAGUUAUGCACUAAUAAAUGGAAACACAUGGGAUUUACAUU